UCAUAUCCCCACUCUGAAGCCGUGACCUGAUCCACGCCAGCCACUCCACUCUCCCCAGGUAGACGUUCGAUGUCCGCGGCUCGAAGGUGCUGGUGGGUGUUUCAGGAUUGCUAGCCAUCGAAAUGUUGGCGACCGAUAACGGGACGCCGACAAACAUUUUCUAGAUAGGAACCCUGUUGCCAUACUGUACCACAGACUAUCAUAUUUUUUAUUUAGUUUCAUGAUCUUUUCGCCAAUUUGCCCAACUACCGUGCAAAGUCACGAACGACAAAGAUCGGAGAUAAUAUUUAGAAAAGAAGAAGGAAAGCUCGGGUAAGUGAGCUGUUUAUCCGCCGAAUCGGUUAAAUCGUGGGAACCCUACGGAACGUAAAAUAAAAGAAAUUGAUGGAAUUAUAUCUUUGAUGGGCAAAAUAGUGUAAGUCGGAAUUAUUAGCUUUAAAGUAAUAUUCAGACCUGAGGCAAGGGAGCGAAAAAGAGUGAUGAGAUCGAUUUGAAUCGUCAGAAUCAUAAGCAAAAGACAGCAUUGUAGAAAAUAUUAGCGUGCUUAUCCUGUUGAUCAAAAUUUAGACACUUGUGCCUGUGACAUAUGCUUUGACGUGUGAGUCUAAAAAAUUUAGCAAACUCGAGUAAUUAGCACUUUGGUCCUGAACUGAUCAGAUAAGGGUGACUUUUUGCGAGAAGAAACAAACGGGCAGUUAUUUUUGCAUGCGCGAAACGUUUAACCACUCGACGGAAUAUAGCAAUUGAGAUCACCUAGGGUUUCGAGCAGGAAGUUAGAUUACAAUCUGAACGAUUUAUCGCAUGUACUCUGUGCAAUUCAGUACGCGUAGCACCCGUUGCCGUUUUGAAUGCAUCUGUGGCUCGUGCAAGAGAAAGGUAUCAACGCGAUCUGUUUACAAAGUUACAGCGAACCCACGUCAGAGUGGUAGGUCCGUCGCGUGAUUUCUAAUCUCACGGUUGUUUUCUCCAUAGAGAGCCUUAAGGUUCGACCCCUCGAUGGACCAGGUAAAAGUAUACCUACGUAUUUAUAUCUUUCACAGACACGUCUGCGUUGAAAGCCUUUUCUGGUCAGGGCCGAUGAAUCUGAGGUAUACCACAAAUGUUCGGUAUUUACACAAUCGCUCAAUAUUCCUUGGAAAAAAGAAGGAAUCAUUUGCAUUGUCAGCAAAAUUAUUCGACAAACAUAGCUUCUGGUAACGAGCGUUGUCAGUACACACCAAUAGAAACGAGGAAUUUUUCUCAGGCACGUGACAAUCUUCCGGCCGUUACUUUUAAGAGAAGCAGCCGCCUUUCGAUACAACAGCUCUCGAGAGAACAAUCCGAUUCUUUUGUGUACUCCCCCGCGCGUGCUGAGGAACCUCUGCUACUUGCCUCAAAGACGCACGGUCCAAUUACGACAACGUAUUCGUCAUAUUUUUUUCGGGCACAAGUCGCUCGAUCUCGGCUGCUUCUAUAGCUCCGUCUAUGGAAGUUCCUUUUAUAGAUCCAACAAGUUCCUUUCUACAGCUGACGACUUCUUCAAAAAAGCGAUAUUUACAGCAGCUAUAAAAGAUAUUGGCACAUACCCUUACUUUCAAAUGAAUCUUUUUUUUUCUUUUAUCAGGUCCUGUACAUUCCAUUUUCGUAGUACAACAUUUUUAUAAUUAUAUAAAAAAUACUAUUAAAUGAUUAAUCGAUAUGUAAACGCUGCGAUAAAUACAGCAGUAUGUCAAUAUCUUCCAUAGCCAAGUCUUUUUCGCUACUCUUUGUAACUUCUUUCGUGAAUUUGCAAGUAUCUAGACUUCGAGGCAGUCGUUUCCAUUUUUCUACAGUACCCGUGCAAAUUGCCAUAAGUAAAACGCGAAAGCAUAAAGACAUCUCUAUCGUGUGGUACUUUUCUUCUUUAUAUGGAAUCUUCCCCGGGAAAGUGAGUGGCGAGAUGCUGCUAUUUACAUAAAGAAUAUUUCCUUGUCUCCUACUGGAAAGUCGAAAACUGUCGGAUGAUUCGCACGAGAGAAGUCACGAGAAGAGAGGACAAAAGUGGAGAAAAACGUUGAAACGAAAUUGGAACCGUUUCACGGUUUCAUAGCUGCGGGACAGCUGCGUUUGUAGGUGCUUGUAUGAGUUUCUACAUAAGAGCAAAGCGUGCAAGAAAGAAUAUCGAACAGGGAUCCCAGAGAAUAAAGCGAUUUCAUUACUGGCUGGCGAAUGUCGAUGCGAACACAAGGUCCCGCAUAUCCUCGCUCGUAAUUAGAGACGGCUUAUUUCUUUUGCUCUUAUGCACGACGCGUAGCCACGCGUUUCAAGAUCGAACAAAGAAGCUCAAGAGACGAGAACCCUUGACUCGUAAUUAAAGCCCAGUCGAUAACGUGUAGCAACGAAUAAGGGAGGGAAACGUAUCUAUGAAUCGGAUGUAUAAACUCUGAUGCACCUGGUUCAGACCAAGUAAUUAGAUACUUUGAAAUGAAAUCGAGAAACUUUUAUAAACACUGGCGCUUAACCAGCUUAUGCUGGUUUUCAUAUUUUAUAUUUGCAUCUUGCACAAGUUUAUCAUUAGGGGACUUUUAGUGCAAUAAAAAGAAGUCAAAAUAGGUGGAGAAAUAUUUUAUAUAGGAAAUGGAAAUAUUUUUGGUUAUUAACUUAUCACUUACAAACAUCGUAGUCCCCUGAAAUGAACAAAAUACGUAGAACGUGAUUUCGACUCAUUCGCGGCUGCAGGAUUAAACGAAAUAUGUUCGCUUUCGGAUUAUCGUAUUUUUAGAAUGCGCGCGUUUAAUCGUACAUAAAUAUUUAUAAAUCGCCAAUGCAAUAGCGCAAUCUUUUAAUUGGAUAGAAAAAAGAGAUAAUUGGAAAAAGGACAUUUUUGAUAAGAUGGAGACAUUACGAAUUGAAAAAUCACUUUUGUCGUUCUAAAAACGUAUAAUUAUGUAGGUUUCUCCUCGAUCGAUCAUAAACAACGAUCAAUGGUUUAAAAAAAAUUGCACGAAAAUACCUGUGGCAUCUUCUUAUGUGUUCGACAAAGCAAUUUUAACGACUCUACCCCUCUCGUUUGACACGAGAAAAGGGGAAAGAAACCUCGUUUUAAAAUAGAUUUUUUGCCUCGAAUUUCCUAUGCUUCGAAAAAAACCCCCGCAAGAGAACACACACCUCGACGAUUCACCCUAGUUUUUCUCAAGUUUCCUGAAGCGGGAACAGAAGGUACCUACCUUUGCCAAAUUAGAGCGAUGCGCGAUUGUCCGGAAUCGUGCGACUGGAAACGAUUCGACGAGAUUUUUUUCAAGAGUAGGCGAAUGGGACCGAUAGAAGGGAGAAACCUCGUUUUCUUCCGCUUCGCUUUCUUUCUUUCUUCCUCCUGUUCUCUGCCUCUGUAUCUUUCUAUUUUUAUUUCCCCUCUCUUUCUUCUUUGACACAUUCGAGCUUAUAGAAAUAUAAUUUUUUAAAUUCCCACGUCCAUCAUGCACCUAUCGAAAAGCACGUCCCAUUAAACGGUAUUCCGUCCUUCGUAGUGAAAGCUCCGCUAAACACGUUCUUGUUUGGCUUUCUCGCUAUUCGAAUUAACAGCACGCGAGCUAUAGGUCACCGGAGACCUACCCGAUAUCGUAUUUUAUUUUCCGAAACCGAUCUGAUCCUCCUAUACUUUGGGGCGAGGCGACGAUUUGAUUGACAUCUUUGUAAGAAAUUUCUCUCCAUAAAGCUGGUAUAAAUUCUUCAAUUAUACGUUCCAUUGAAGAUGUCGUUUGAACGAAACUGGCUGAAAUUUCUCGCUUUUUGUUACGAUCUCCGUAUGGUCUCAAUAAUAAACCGAAACGUUUGGUUGUCUUGGUAGCAACAUUCCACAAACUAAACAUCGACGAAAAAUCUAGAAUAAUUAAUAUGGCAGCUGCGGUAAUAACACACAUGCGAACAACCUGAAGAAUAUAAAGACAGCUGCGCUAGAGAAUUAUUAUCAUAGAACACGACCAUUUUCCUUGCUUUUUUCUUUAUAUCGAUCGAUAAAUUGCCAGGGAAAGACGUAAUUUGCGUUUCUAUCCUGUCCAACGAUUGUAAAUUCUCAGAGAUCGUGCAACUUAGCCAUGGAAAAAGAUCAAUUAGCCGGUUCCACGUGAUUAAGAUUUACGUGGUAAUAAACAUGUCACGAUAGGAACGAGACAACUGAGAGAAAAAGGUCGCAGAAGUAUUUAUUAGAAGCCCACUACGGGGGAGAUAGGAGUUCCCUUUGCCACUGUAAUCGGCUAUUGUAUCGUUAUUUCUAAGCCGUUAAGCCGACCGAAGGAUUUCUACUGCCUGCGCAACAUUUUUUUCCUAACUUAUUGUCUCUUACUUUCACCGCCACCCUUGAUACCCGAAUCGAACCUUCUGGAAUUAUGAUCUUACUUUCGCCCGCGAAUUGAGAAAAUACAAGAACGAUCAUGAGUUUCUACCGUGAACUAUCGUCGAUCGUGACAUCGUGGUAGAAAACUUCCAGAUGAAAAUACACACAGAAUCUCGUUUAUGUGAACAGAGACACGAGAACAAGAGACAAAGUAAUUCGGAUAAUUGAGUAGACCCGGUAACAGUUGAUUGUUACAAUAGAAAAUAGCAGCUGAUAGGUCAAGCUCAAUUGUAAGUUCGUAUAUCCAAAGCUGUGCAUUAACUCGUGUCUAUAAAUAAGAUAAACGAGAUUCCGUCGUGUUUCAGGCAAAAGAUACAAGCAACGAAGUUUUCAAAAUGUCGUCAUCUUCCCAGAACGCGUUAUAUCAAAGAGUAAAACCGUUGUGUGUAAAGCUAAUCAAAACGCGAUAUCAAAAAUGUGAAACACAGCUCGAUCAAAGCUGUGACCAGCCGUCGAUGAAAUUGAAUAUUCAUGCACGAUCUCGACCUUUCCUCUUGCCAAAAAGUAGCGUGUAACAGAACAAUGCACGUGGUCAUAAAUCGUGGCAGGUGGUAAUCCUGAUUCAUGCUUCGUUCCAGUAUUAACCACGUUAAUCCAUCGUGGCUGCGGCAACGUCGAUCGAUCCUAAUUUAUGCGCGGCAUUCUCUGGAACGUAAACGUUCCAUCGACCUAUCCUAUCGUGGAACAAGCGAGAUAGCUUCGACUCGCAGGGACCAUGUACGCCCAUUACAAGUCGAGCGGCCGGUGUUUCGAUUAAAUGAAUUUGGAUAGAAAGUCAAAAGGAGGGAACGGCGGUGGUAUUUGUUGCGAUCGAGAGAUUAGAAUUCCAUGCACGAAAGUGUUUCGACCCUCUUAUCGGUUAAAUCGGUUGCGGCUUGGCAGGGAGGGGUGGAGGCAACGUGCAUUUAUGUUCGUAAAACGUGUCGCGUAAUCGGCUGAAAGGCUUAUUUUUCAAAGGAGUCGGCAACGUUUCGCGAAUAAAGUGGCCAGAUUGCAAUCCUUUCUCCUCGAACGACAAACAGCGUCAUUUAACCCUUCCGCAACAUGAAUGGCUUUAUGAAUUUUUUAUCGAAAAUUAUGUUAAUAAAGUACGUGAGACUUUUAGCCUUUACCCGAAUGACCAUAUGAAUUUUGUAUCGGGAAUUAUAUUAAGGAAAUAUGAAAAAUUUUGAUCUGUCAGCGGAGAUAUUGAUAGAAUAAUCAAGAUCGCAUGGCAGAUUAUGCUUGCGCGUUAAAUGUCACCGUGUUGCCAUUAAUAUAAAAAUUGUCUCGGAAAUUUGAUCGGAACAUGAGGAAUCGUUUUUCAGUUGGUCGCAAGGGAUGUCUCGAUGAUCGUUCGAACAGGGUUCAAACGUUUCGUCAACCCCUUUAAUAUCCGCGAACCCUGAUUUCGCAGAAAGAAUUUGUCUAUGAAACGGUUCUGUACAUCCCGGUAGUCACAAAAGCAGUAGGGUUUCCUGAAGAGACUCGAGAGCUCGUUCAUGGGGGUUGUUUUCAAAUACUGUCCCAGUUGUGAAGAUAUUAUCGACCCCUCUUCGUGCUUUUCAUGUUCCUCGAGAGUCUGGACCUCGUUCGCGAUCAAAGGGUUGAGCAAGAAAGAACCUAUUCAAAGUCAAUCUAUGAGGCCAAUUUUCGAAAAUGAUCUGGGAAAUAGUACGUGUAUCUUUGAAAGCGAAAAUGCAUACAGCAUUAGUAACAGGUGCAUUUGAAAUCAUACUACGUUCAUCCUAUCUUUCCUUAUCUUUCAUCUUAUUAUAUCCCUGUAAUUCUUAUAUAAUAUUUCCAUUUAAAACUAUUUACUGUUAUAUAUUGCCUGCUCGAUAUUCGUUUCGCCAUUUUAAGUAAAGUUAAUUCGUGGAAAAGAUAGAAAAAAUCUGGCUAGUCGAGUAGCACACGUGCGGGUCUCUUUCUCUCUCUCUCUUUUUCUCCCUGCCACGGGAUAUAUCGAAGGAGACGGUUAGCAAAGCUAACUCUCCCAUGGGAGCAUCUCUCUCGACUUACGAACACGAGGAUUCUGCUUCCGUUACGAAAAUAAAAUGCAACCGGGAGAAGCGCCGCGAACCGUAUCACCUCUCCAACAAACAAGAACAACAAAAUCAUUUGAUUGUACCGCCAACAGAUAUUACGGUUCCUCACGGGUUCCUCUCGUCUUGCCACCAAACGAAACUAUAUAAGAACCUUGUCGUGCAAAAGGAUGAACGAACCUCUCGCAAUUUCUGUCGUGUUGUAUUUCCAAGUUUUGUGAGAAUAUAAACUUCUGCUCUUAAGAAAUAAACAUUCUAUAUAUUCUAGACUUUGUAGAUAGAAUGUACGCAAGAUGAGGAGAUUCCAGCUCACGCGAUAUAGAAUUAUAAUCACCGUUUAAGAGGAUGUUGUAGGAUUGACCAUAAAUUUCAUCUCAACUGGGUUACUGGCAAGAGUUCAGUGAUGGCAAUAGAAUAACCACAUGAUCAAGAAAGGCUGAUCGAAGGACGCGUGUAUGGGAAAACAGGUCGUAGGGAAGCGUCGUUAUCGCGUGAGAUUAACGAACAAUGUUGUGUGCAAAUUCGGGACAAGAAGAAAACAACAGCGUGAUAGUUUCACAAAUGACGAAUCCUCAUACUCCGCAAGAUUUCACGGUCUCGCGCCUACUGUCGACACCAACUAAUUCGUUAGAGUGCAACGAAAGUUCCACGACACCUACGUGUAGGCGACCCAGAAGGAGUAGGACAACAUUCUCGGCGCAACAAUUAGCCGCGUUAGAAAGGGUGUUCGAAAGGACGCAUUAUCCGGAUGCUUUCGUUCGAGAAGAACUUGCAACGCGUGUAUCUCUAUCGGAAGCCAGAGUGCAGGUAUGGUUUCAAAAUAGACGCGCCAAGUUUCGCCGAAACGAAAGGAGUUCUGCUAUUAACCGAGGCGUUUCCUCGAACAGAGAAGUGGAAACCACUUUACCUUUACGACCUAUCAGAAUAACGCACACGCAGGAAAACAACUCGGAUACUCUACAAACUUCUCAGGUAGCGCAGUAUCCCUACAGCGAAUACUGGAGAUCGUCGCAACACUAUACCUCUAUGCAAGCUUCUACCUGCCAUGGAUUUAUCAAUGGAAAUUUAGGAAAUGUCAAUCUUCCUCCGUAUCAUCAAACAGAAAUUCAUGGAGGACUCGAAGGAUCUACGAUGAGCAGUUUAAACGCGUUACGAUUCAGAGCACAUCCAUACGGAACCGCGUAUUCUGCCAUGCACGCAAGCAUGUAGUUUUCUCUCUCCUACUCUCUCUUUGCAUAAUAAUAUCCCUUUUUAAAUUUCAAGUGAUAGCGAUUUAUAAAGUACCAAAGAUUUUAACGGCGUCGUUUAAGUCAAUGUAAGAAAAAGAAGAUGAUAUAAUAUAAAGGACCAACAGAUCGAA